AUGACGAUGGCGCCUCAACUAACGGCAGACGAGAUCGACGAUCUCAUUUACUUUGCCCGGGCUGGUGAGGCUGCGGAUCUAAACUCGACGUUGACGGAGUUGGCAGAGCGGGAGAAGAUCUCACCAGCCGAGAUCCUGGUGGCUGCAAAGGAUGAAGGCAAAUCAACCACACUACACAUGGCGACCGGCAACGGUCACUUUGAAACGGUUCUUGCGUUGCUGCAGACUUUCGACGGCCGGCCCAAGGAGGAGAAGCAGGCUUUCCUGGACGAUCUCAAUGAGCACGGGAACACCGGCCUUCACUGGGCAGCAUUGGGCGGUCAUCUAGAAACGGUAAAGCUCUUGAUGGAUCAUGGUGCGUCACCAGCGAUAGCCAACGAACGCAACGACGUUCCGUUGGACUUGGCCAACUUCAACGAUCAUCCCGAAGUUACCCAAUACUUUCUGUCGGCCGCGGAGGGGCUAGAGAAUAGCAACCAGGACAGCGGACUGAAUAACGCGGCGGCAUCGAUUGAAUUGGAGGACGGAGAGGCAGGCGCAGACGAAGAAUCAGGACCGUCAGGCACGGGCGCAUGA